AUGCCGGUUAGAGAUCAUGCAAGGAAAAAUUCUGAUUUAUCAUUGGCAGAGGAAUCCGUGCAAACACGUCCAAGCAUUGACGAGGAUCUUUUAUUCGAGGAAGAUGAGGAAAGUGAGGAGGAAGUUUAUGAUCCUGGGAAUGUUCAAUUACAAUUACCAUCACGUUCAUCGGAUGUUGUAUUGCCAAAGACACCUUUGAUCUCUAGUCCGAUACAAACACCUACACAAAUUGACACUAGUAAUAUUAGUAAUUUGGAGCUACCUGAUACAAGGCAACGAAUGGACGGACAUGGUUUAAGACCACUGAGUUUUUCAUCACAAUCAAAAAUUGGUAAAUUAUCUUCACCAACUACUUCAUCAAUUAAUCGAAGUAGAGAUUUAAACAUGUCAAACAUGGAAAAAGGUUUUAUGCAGGCCGGACAUAAAUCUGCUAGUGAUCAAAUGUCACAUACAAAAGAAAUUGAUAUACACAAUAAUCCAUCACAUGCCAGUUCGAAAGAGGAUUAUCGUGAGUCACAUUAUCGUGAUUCUAGUGAUCUAUUACCGUUGACAUUAGUUAGUGGAGGAACGGCAGGCGGAUUAACAUUCAAUUCAAAUUACGCAUAUCUUACACCUCCAUUCGGUCGUGUGAUUCCUCGUAAUCAGAUAAUGUCACGUGUGAUGUGGUUCUCAACUUUAGUAUUGUUCAAUUUAAUCUACGCCGGUUACAAAUUGAUUCACCAUAAUGAUGGGACAACGACGACAAAAGAUGACAAAUCACAUUCUACUAAUUUUAUUUGUUUGAUCAUUGUACCAUUAGUAUUUUUCGUAUUAUACAUCUUUUUCGUGACUGUGUGGACUUACCUGGACCUUCGAAACAAAGAUUUCGAUCCAAUAUUCACCGUUAUCUAUUAUUCGCCGUUAAUGCUAUUCUCAUUAUUUUUUAAGGAGAAAAAACGCGUGGAUGUUUCGGAAUUUCACGAGGUAAAUUUCGGUGCAAAGUGGUGGCGAUUCGGCACAAGUCGAGUACGCGAGGGUAUCGUCAUGACGUUGUACAGUCUAUUACUGAUAUCAUUUGUGGUGUCGGAUUUGGUGGGUGGUGCCUUUGACCAACCAAACGGUGAGGUAUCUCAAGUAUUCAAAGAUUUUGUGCCGGCCGCGUUUAUGCUGGUGGUGUUUUUCCUUGGUUUUGUAUUGUCUAUUUGGGGGAUUGUCGAGGCGUUGGUUGGUGAAAGUGGAGUGCAUGGAAGUGGAGAAGGAAGAAAACGAUUGGUUGGUGUGUUGCCUAACGCAUUCAAAAAAAAGAGAGGUUAG